UUCAUUGAAUUUGCUUGUUUUUUAAGCGUUACGGUCCUUGACUUAAUGAAACCUUAGGAAAAGUAGUGGCCUUACACUUAAUCUGAAACUGAGUCUUGACAAAAUGAUGAAUCUGGAUCACAGUGUGCACAAGAACACAGACUAAUGAAUUUCUUUCACAUUUAGUACCCUGUUCCUUCAUCUCUUCUGACUACCUGUAUUUGAAUUAAACUACUCAUUCUUAAAGUUUUCUUUUUCAUACUGUUUAACUACUGUUGGGUAUUCAUCAUUGUCACAAUUCAUCACAAUUAUUACGUCAUAGCGUUAAACGGCAUAGCGGCGCGAUGGAAAAGAAACCAACAGGAAAACAGGCUGUCUUCAAGGAUGUACUUAAAAAUCCUGAGUAACGUGUUAGAAUCGAAAUAAUAUAUCUCAUUUAGCGAUGAAUAAUGUAACGAAAUUACAUUUGAGGUUUGGUCUUAAAUUACGUUUUCCAAUCCAAGAACGUUGAUAUUUACGCCAAACAUACUAGUACAUAAGUACUAAAUACUUUAGACGCUUUCAUUAAAUUUUGUAAUAUCUUCCAGUGAUAAAUAUUCGCUGCGGAUCAAACUGUCAUAGGGGUUAUCUUUUGUUAACAUUUUACAAGGUAGAUACCAAAAUUAACCCAAUAAUUUAAAAGAAUAUUGAUCUGGUUCAAACUUCCCUUUAUCAGUUAUGUAGCAAAUUGUAAUUUUGACAUUAAAACAGGUAAGAGAAACGUUUGUUAUAGUAAUAUUUUAGAUUAAAAUUGUUUUCCUUGAUAUAGAUAUAUGUUUAAAUGGUUAUUUAGAGAUAGUAUCUUAAAAGCUUGAAAAUAGAUUUAUAAGUAUCUCAAAUAGCUUACAAAAUUUUAUUUUGUGAAUAUUCAAAUGUUCUUUUUUUAGAUAAUUGUUAUACAGAAACUUGAAAAGAGCGAAAACUCUUGCCUCAUGUAGGUAUUUAUCGCGGGUAACAAGCAAUUAUAAAAAGUGAUCACAACCUUGACAAUUAUAAUUUAAUCAUUCGAUUUGCACCACUAAGGCAGAUGCGCCUGUCAGUUUAUUUACUUUUAGAACUUCUAUAAUAAAGGAAAUAUCACUAAGUAUUUAACGAUACAGUGCCACACACGGGUGAUAAUUGUUGGUAUAAUUAUUGUGAUAUCAAGAGGACAAGAUCGAGAUUUUUUUUUGCAUCUCUUUUAUUUCGAGAUAACAAAUAAUGUUGUUUAUAUUUACAGGUGAGUUGAAUUUCACGUGCGUCUUUGCUCGCGAACAUCGGCUUAGAUAAUACCAUCAAGUUUAUUAUAUACAGUAUCAACAAGUUUCUUUAAAAUGGACAUUAAUUAUAAAUAAAUCUUAAAUCUUAAAAUAUAUUUUCUACUGGAGGAAAUUUUGAAUAAUUAUAUACAAAGGUAUUUCUAAUUAUCAUUUCUGUAUGGUAACAUUAAAACUUCAGUGAUUAAAGUUUCCCAAUCACGACUCCCCGCCUCUCACUUAGCUCAUUAGGGAGAACCAAGAGUUAUGGACCAUGGUGCGGUGAGUUCAAUCCCCACGGGAGGCGUUACAUCCAUUGUUACAGUAUCUGAAAUCAUUUGCUCGCCACAUCUGUUUCAUGAAGAGAAAUUGGCAGUUACGUGCGGAAAACAGGUUAGUACUUAUACAGAAUCUAGGAAAACUGGUUCUGGUUAACUGCCAAACGUUACAUAACUGAAAUACUGUUGAAAAAUAGCGAUAAAUCUAAACCAAACUGACAAACUGCCUUAAUUAUGGAUGCGUACUGCAUUUUUAAGAACUCUUACGUAGGACACAAUAACUCCUACGUACGUGUUACUAACUCCUACGUAAAACUUACUAACCCCUACAUACGACUUACUAACCCCUACAUACAACUUACUAGUUCCUACGUACAACUUACUAACUCCUACGUACAACUUGCUAGCUCCUACGUACAACUUGCUAACUCCUACUUACGAAUUACUAACUCCUACGUACGACUAACUAACUUUAACACAAGAAUCACCAACUCCUACGUACAACUUACUAACUCCUACGUACGUCUUACAAACUCCUACACAUGACCUACUAAGUCUUACUAACUCCUAGGUACCUCUUACUAGCUCCUACCUACGACAAACUGACUCCUACGUACGUCUAACUAACUCCUAUGUACGACAAACUUUAACACAAGACUCACCAAGUCCUAUACGUACAACUUACAAACUCCAACGUACAUCAUACUUACUUCUAUAUCAGUAGGGGAAACUUGCCGUUCAGGAAAUCAAUUUAUGGAUUUCCCUAGUUCCCAAAUGGGAAACUUGCUACUAAACAUAGUAACUUGUUUCCCGUUCGGAAAGCAAAAUCAUAAUAUUUUGACAUGUUUCCAUCAAAAGGCCGAGUGCAUAAAAUAUACAUGGUAUCCUUAAAUGAAAUAUACCAAUUUAAACUUAGAUACUUAAUCUAAAUUUCUAUCUCAAUGAAAUUUUUAUUUUACUUUUAUAUUUCUUAAUUUCAAAGCUUCCCGAACAGGAAACGCAACUUCCCCAUAUGUACAUUUACAUUGAAUUGCAUUCAGUCAUAAUUAAGACCCUUUUCCCACAUAAAAUACGUUUUUGUUUUCAGGUUUUUGUUCAGGUCCGUAUGAUGCAUAAUAUUGCAUAAAACCAUCUUGGGCCAGUAUAAUUUUAAGGAACAUAACAUUUACAACAAGAACUGCAUUUUUUUAAAAAAAAGUGUUGAAUGAUCUGGAAAUAUGAUUUUGAUUUAGCAGCUAUUCAGCUGGGCAAUGUUAAAAGGGUAUUUCAUCUGUAUUAUUUGUGUAACUUAAGUACUCUAUGAAAGACAAGCAAUUCAAUAUAAAUCUAUAUAAUGAGCUUCCCGAUCGGGAAGUUAGGUUUCCACUUUGGGGAACUUUGAAAUUGAGUCAUUCAAAUGUUAAAAAACAAUUGUUUGGACAUUUAAAAUAUCUUAAACGGUAAAAAUUUAGAUAUAUUUCUCAAGUUAAAAACGAUGCAUUUCAUUUAAUGAUACAAUUCAUAUUCUUAUGCACCGGGCCUUUUGAACGAAACAAGUAAAAAAAGGAUGGUUAUAUAUUUAGUAACAAGUGUGUGUGUGUGUUCGGGUUUAACGUCUUUUUCAACAAUUUUUACGUCAUAAACGACGGUGUCUACUUGUAGUGAGCACAGUGCCCAACUUUAUAGUGCUGCCUCACUGGAAUAUCACGCCGUAGACACGUGGCAUGAUACCCCACCAAUUCACAUUAUACUGACAGGGCUGACCAGUCCUAACACUAUCCCCUUAAUGCUGAGCGCCAAGCAAGGAGGCUGCUAGUACCAUUUCUUUACGUCUUUGGUAUGACGCGGCCUGGGAUCGAACCCACGACCUCCCGCACUCGAAGCGGACGCUCUACCACUAGACUACCGAGGCGGGUUUAGCAACAGGAUUCCCGUUCGGGAAGUAGGGAAAAGCCAGUGGGAAAAACCCAUUGGUGAACGGGAAGUUUCCCCUACUGUAUGUACGGCUUACUAAUUCCUAUGAGGACUUAAAAACUCAUUAGUAAUACAUGUACGAGUUUUAACCAAGGAGAAUAUUUCAGCAGUUGUUUUCAUUAUGCAGCUCUUCAGUUUUCAACUUGCGGUGUUCUGCUGUUGAUUGAUAUUAACAGACUGAAAAUCAUGUGAUAAGUGUAUAACAUUUCACGGGUAUAUAUACUAGAUAUAUUAUUUUGUGACAACUUUUUAUCAUGAAAGUAAAAAUGUUUUGUAUAAAUAAAUAGUAUGUAAAAAGAAGACUAAAUUAUAUUUAUCGAAACUUUUUCUGCCCCCUCGAUGUUUUGCAAUAUCUUCUACUGAUUUAUGAAAUUUGUCACACGUGUUAAAACUUACGUCGUAAAUAACAUCCUUGCAUUCAGCAAAAUCGAGUUAUGUAAAGAUACCAUUCACUUUACGACCUUGAAAAGGACAAACAGCUAUAUCUGAUUAUUUUGUUUUUAAUGAACGGGCAGAUAUCAUUUGACAAGGAUGUUGAGUGGUAGAUAUUGAAUUAUUUCUGAUGUAUGAUCACAAAACAAGGCAUGUAACGUUUUUUUCUGGCCGUCUGCACUUUACUUCCAUAUGUUUUGACAUCACGAAUGCAGUUUUAAACAAAUUCCGUGUCUUGCCGUCUAUUGUGUACUACGGUAUUUGUCGGUAUUUGCUGAAUAAACAGGACCGAACGGUUGGGGUCACAAAAUGAUAUAGGCUAAGUACUAGUGAACGGGGGCCUUUUUCACAAAUUUAACAUUUUUACACGAAUUUCGUAAAAUUUUGAAGUCUGAUUCGCAAAUAUGUUGUUGGUUGACUUUUGGACAUGGCUGUAUUGGAAAUGUGCAUAAGGGGUUAUUCACAUUUUUUGCCAAGAAGUUAAUAAUAAUAGUCUGAUUUCAUUGUACAAUUUAAAGUGUUUUGCAAUAAUGAAAAAAAUAAUAUAUAACAAUACAUAUUCUGCGUUUUAUUGAUGUUUUACUACAUAUACAGUGCGACAACUGUAUUAACUUCGCAAAUAAUUUCUUAAUUCGCAACAUCGUACGAUAGUCACAAAUUUACGAACUUUUGUAAAACAGCUUUUUCAUCGUACGAAAUGCGUAAGAAGUUCGUACAAAAAAGCUCGUACGAAAUUUUGUGAAACGGGUCCCCGGCCGAUACAUUUUAUUAACUAACAAUACACCUCACUAGAAUGCUGUUAUCAUAGUUUGUUUGAUUUUGUUUAUAGUUGAUUAACACCAGCCAUAAAAUGUUCUUAUAAAUAUGAACUGUACUUUAACAGAAUCACAAAUCACUUCAGCUCAUUUACAUUCCAUCAGUUUGAAAAUCGUCAGAAUUCACGAUGUCAGAAAUGUAUUGAAAUUGUCGCAUUCAUCCAAUUUCUUUUUUAAGUCCUUUAUCUUGCAUGUAGAUUAAAUAAUGCUACAACAAACUGUUGCGUGACAAAUCAGGUAAACUGCUAAAUCAUUUACUUUACGAUGACUUUAAUUCAAACAAUCUCUGCAUCAUACAGAGUUAUUGUUCCUCUACUUCCGCUUCUUAUUGCUAUUUCAUAUGCAUAACCCAACAAAUACAACACUAAGUUCACUCCCGUAAAAAUAUAUAAAGCUGGAGCUAUACUUAUCUGACUUGAUGCGAUCACCAUUUUGUUUUAUGGAAUAUAUAUGGUGUACACAUGACGUCUCUUGACAAAUAAAAAUGCAAGAAACUUGUAGAAGGCAAGCUAAGAUGAAAUUUAAAGCCGCAUUAAUUUUUUCCAAGAUAUGGCAGGAUAAAGAAGCUAUUUUGCUUUUGUCACGAUUACCUGCAUUAUAACGAAAUUUGUACAAUAAGUUUCCAAAAAGGACACCUGGAGGUUGGUUUGCUGUUCAUAAAGGUGGGCCACAAUUUUCAAAGACGACACUCUGUGUGAUUUAUAUGUUCUCAUUUAUUUUGCUCAAAUUUGUAUGUCAGUUUAAGAUUGAACAGAUUCCGGACCAUAAAACCUAGCUGAAAUGGAAAAGGACACUAUCCACGAAGAAGAAACAGAGGUUAUAAGAAGAAGGCCAAUGCAUGUCAGAUCUUCUACGUCGAUCCCAGAAGGUUUAAUCCUAGAUGAUGUGGAAAAGGACACUUCUGUCAGAGAAGAUAAACAUAAAGAAAAUCCAUCACCAGUCAGACCUUCUAAGCAUAAACGAGGUUUAGACUCAGGGUGGUCAAGUUUUGAUGACACUUACUUGGAAGAAGAAAUACCAAAAGAACAACCAUUGUUUUCCCGACUUUUCAAGCCAAAACUAGACGAAGAUUACCAGGAAGCAGUUUCUUCGCUUGAACUGGUAGACAACGAACGUCUCAACGAAAUGUGGGCAAAAACAAAAGAAAAUGAAAAGGAAAAAAGAAAAGUAUUUGAAUUGUGUGACAAUACCUGCAGCAACAUCAUGAAGCGACAUUCAGGAAAAGUUCUUAGCGUAUUGCCAGCUUAUGAUCCAAUCGAUAAAAAUAACAUAGUAUUUGUAUUAAUUACCAAGGAACCUAUUGAUGAGACAGAGCUUGAUUUAGAGUAUUCAACUGUGAUUCGACCUAAAAACACGUAUAGUGAGGAGGCUGCCCUGGUAAUGAUGAGUAAAGAGAACAAUGAACACAGAUUGUCUUUCAAAGAGUCUGAAAAUAUAAGACAAGCAAUUAACAAUAAGGCAAAGGAGCUAAUGCAAUGUCACAAGAAUCUGUCUGUCAUUUCUGGGAGUGGAGUUCGGUCAAAGAAUUUCAAACAAGGGAAACCUGAAAUUAUCCAGGAGGCAUGCAUAGUAUUAUAUGUCCAUACAAAAGGUAAAAUACCGUUAGAUGAAACUGAAUUUCCAAAAGAGUUGGACGGCAUACCGGUGGAUGUGAGGGAAGGUGAAUUUCAAAGAUGUGUUUCAGCUAAGGAAUAUCAACACACGCUGCAGAUGGGGUGUCAGAUAGAAUCAGGAAAGAUAGGUACCCUCGGUGGUUUCGUGGAUCACCCAGAGUAUGGACUUAGCGCAAUUACGUGCGCUCAUGUUGUUUUAGAUGAUGAAGAACUUCAUGACUUACGUAGGAAUUCUAAAAAGACAUGGCGCUGUAAUGAGAAACCUAUCUAUCAACCAGACAUUUCAGACAAGGUCAGAAACUAUUGCGGGCAACUGAAAGAAGCUAUCUAUAAAUCAGGAACUGGUGACAACUCGGGUGUUGAUCUUGCCGUCUUCCAGAUAGAGAAACGAGCUCCUGAAAGUGGAACGUUUCCGGAUGUCAAUAGCACUACAACUGAUAUGGUUUUCGAAACGGGGAAGUUGUGUUCGUCAGUAAAUGAAAAUUUCAAUUACGUUAUGAAAUUUGGAUGUACAACAAACAAAACAGAAGGAUUUGUCCAGUUUUCAAGUUCUGCUGUCAGAUUGAUAGAACACACUCAUACAUACAGAGUAAGUUCGAAAGAUUACACAUAUAGUUUGUUUAACCAGUUUGAAAUCCGACCAAUUCUGAAUCAGCAUAAGUUUGUCCAGCCAGGCGAUUCAGGGUCACUUGUUUUCAAAGAAGACAUAUCGCGUGACUUAUUAUGUAUAGGGAUGGUUGUAGGUGUCUUCGAGCCAUGUGGAAACGGCAUCGUAAUUCCUAUUUCAGCAAUAAAGGCUGAACUUGGUGUAUCAGAGUUAAAAAACUUCAGCUGGAACUUAUUCAAAAGAAUGGAUUCACGUUUAGCAAAGAUUGAGAACCAGUUACAAACCUUACAUAGCUUGCUGUCCAGGUGAAAAACAAAGAAACAAAAAAGAAGAAGAAAAAAAAAACAACAAACAAACAGAAAAACAAGGCUACGACUUUUAUGUCGUGUUACUGGUACUGUUUAAUUUCUCAGCAUGAACAUUUCGGCCUGGGUGGUUCCAAUACUCCCGCUUUCAUAGCUUUGGGUAUUGUUUAAUCACCCCUUGGAUAUGGUGCCUGCUUUUUAAUUUGUCUUUUGGCAGUUCCUGUGAUAUGCAGGCUCCAUAACCUCAGAUCCACUUUCUAAAUUCCAGUUUGUUUAGUUCUGCUCAUUGUUUUCUUGUUUAGGGCAAACCCAUUAUUUUAACUGGGGACCAUACGCCGCUUUUCAUGGAAUUACACGCUAGUGUAGCAUUGAAGGUUCCAUGUGCACCGCCGCAUGAACACAUCUGCGGAUGUCUCUAAAUUGUUUUUUGUACUUUUAGCAUGUGUAAAUGUUGAGUUCUGCUCAACCCGGGGCUAGAGGGCGUGGACAGUAGCAUGCAUUUUAACUACCGUCCAUGAACAGGCUCACUCAAACCGAACCUGCAACAUUUUCGUUUUUGUUGUUUUGAGCGACUGUGGAGUUUCCAUUUUUUUUCUAUUUCAUUGAAUUGCUCGCAAUACUAUGUAACAUUUUGUUUAAAUUAAAAUUGAAUCAAUUACUAGUAAAUAAAAAUUGAAACUGAAAUAGAGAAAAGGAUGAAAAACUCGUAGAGCUUGUACAUAUCUACGUAUGGGAUGCAUUAGCAAAAUAAUGGACUUUCGAUGCAGUUUCGUUUUUUUACCUUAUCGUUUUUGACACGUUUGUAAUUUAGAAAUUAUUUGGAACCUGUGAGUAGCUUUUUUGUACCAUGCUGUAAUAUUGUGUGUAUGUGUCUAAGACUGAAAUUAUGUUUAGCAAAUAAGGAGUAGUGCACAUGUUUUAUUAUAGUUACUUCUUCGCAGUUAACUUCACUUUUAAACAGUCUAAAUUCAUUUGUAUAAGAAGUUAUACAGAAAAUUUUAUACAAGCAACAGACAGUUAUAUUGUUUCAGUUUUAUUGAUUUUUUACCAUUAAAGUGCCUUAAUUCGUUAUAUGAACUUAGAUUUAGUGGUUAAUAUUACAUGAUACAUUUGCAAUUUCAUUACUUUUCAUACUGUUAUUGAUUUUAUAUAAGUACGGUUCUUAAUGUUGCUGUUUCUUACAUCA